CUAGCAGAAUUCACAUAUUUUAUUAGAAAUAAGUAUUUAUAGAAAUAAGAGUGAUUUUUUAGGUUUCAUUAAAUGAAAAUAAAUUCAUUUUUCCGACUGUUUAAGUUCUCAUGUUUACUUUUUUACAUGUAUACCUACUAAUUCCCUGACCAAAGACUAACUACAUUCAAAUAGAAUGUUGUGUCUGUAAUGUUAAAUGACUUUUGAGCAUCGCAUGAGGUUUUGCUGACAACCAUAAUUCCAGUAACUAUGGAAACCAAUACUUCUCGUAUAGUAAAAAUAUUAUUGGUCAGGCUCAUAUCCCUUUGAGUUAUUACAAAUGUUUGCAAAGUAAACUUAUCAGAGACGAAGAAAUACGAAUUAUAGUCUUCUGUAAUUUGGGAACAUAAAAUCCUUAACAAUGGACAGUAUUGAAUUAUUGAGUGAAAGUGUAAUUGAUGUUGGAGAGGUUAAAGUGGAAGCAAGUUAUGAGGAUGAGUGUUUCAGAAUUGAUUCUCAUCUGGACAUGCAAAGCUCAGUGCAAGCUUCUGUGCAAAAUGAAAUUACCAAAGAGGAGGAACCGGAACGUCUCACUAUGUCGUUUCAAGUAAAAGAGGAGCCACCAGAAGAGAUGGAAGAAAGCCCGAAGAAAUGGUUGGAGCCUGAGUUGUUUCUCCAAGUGGAGGAAGAACCACAAGAAGAUGCUGAGAACAGGGAGGACAUAUUUGCUGAAUGUGAAGAGGACGUUACUGAUUUAGUAGAGGAAGGACGUUCAUGUUUCCCCGGCGAGAGAGAGGUGCAACCAAAUGCCGCAUCUGCAGACGCUGCGACGGAGUCGGUUUACUUCUGUAACUUCUCCUGUCGAAGACAAUCGAAGACUCUAUUGCCAAAGAAUGCAGUAACAAACUUUGUUCGACUCUGGCGAACCCCUAAUGGCGACAGAUCGUUCGAAUGUUCCAUUUGUGAGAAAAACUUCUCAAAAAGAGGAAAUCUAAUGAGGCAUAUUCGCACCCAUACAGGUGAAAGGCCUUACGAAUGCUCUGUGUGCAAGAAGAACUUUGCAGAACGGGAUGCUGUUGUCCAACAUAUGAGAACUCAUACGGACGAAAAGCCGUACGAGUGCCCAUUGUGCAAAAAGAGCUACAAAAAAAGGGAAGCACUAGUUAAUCACAUGCGGAGUCAUACAGGGGAGAAACCAUUCGAGUGCGGUAUGUGCGGGAAGAGCUUCGCGCGCAGAGUAAUUUUAAUUAAUCAUAUCAAAGUACAUACAGGUGACAGACCAUUCGCAUGUUCAGUGUGCAAGAAAGCCUUUUCGGAACGGAAGAAUUUAGUCAGGCACAUGCGCACUCAUACUGGAGAAAAACCUUUCAAAUGUUCUAUAUGCGGAAAGGGCUUCGCUGAACGCAAAAAUUUAAUUGAGCAUAUUCGUACUCAUACAGACGAAAGGCCGUUCCAGUGCCCUUUCUGUGAGAAAGCAUUCGCCAAGGAAGAAACACUAAUUCGGCACAUUAGGAUUCAUACAGGCGAGAAGCCUUACGAAUGUUCUUUGUGCAAGAAGAGCUUCGCCCAAAAUACAAGUUUAAUUUUUCAUACGAGGAAUCAUCAUACGGGCGAGAGACCAUUUGGAUGCACUGUUUGCGGAAGACACUUUUCACACAAAUCAUAUUUACAUAAUCACAAUAGGAUCCAUACAGGCGAGAAACCGUUCAAUUGCUCUGUUUGCGGGAAGAAUUUUGCACAAAAGAAUUAUUUAGAUAUUCAUAUGAGAAUUCAUUCAGGUGAAAAGCCAUACGAAUGUUGUUUCUGUCAGAAGAAGUUUGUCCAGCGAGGCCAUAUAAUAAAACACCUUCAAAUACACACAAAUAUUCAAUUAACAGAUCAGAAAGAAAAUAUUUAAUUAUGUGUUUUUACCUCACGAUUCUCUAUAAGACUUAUCGUGUUUGUUUUCAACAAUGUUGGCCCGCAGAAGAAGUUGCCAGUUUUGUGCCAUUCCAUUUGAGCAGGUUCCUUGAUUGUUUCUUUUGUCCAUUGUAAAGUAGUGUUUAGA